CGCACCUCCAACCUGACUCCCGUUGUUUCAUUUGCGCCAUUUUGUCGGCUCACUGUUGUUGAUUGGGCUUUAGCGAGCUGUACUGGAGCCAAUCAGAGGGGAACCGGACAGCGAAGACACGUGAGGGUUGUGUCUAUAUCAAGUCAUGGAACAGUACACCACUGCCACUACGACAGCUGGGGAGCAGAUCGUGGUGCAGACAGCUAAUGGACAAAUCCAGCAACAGACACAGGGCACAGUGACGGCUGUGCAGCUGCAAACAGAGUCGCCAGUGAUGACGGCCUCAGGCCAGCAGGUGCAGACACUCCAGGUAGUCCAGGGGCAGCCGCUGAUGGUCCAGGUCAGCGGUGGGCAACUCAUCACAUCAUCAGGCCAACCCAUUAUGGUGCAGGCCAUGUCGGGGGGCCAAGGUCAAACCAUAAUGCAGGUCCCUGUGUCUGGAGCCCAAGGACUACAGCAGAUACAGUUAGUGCAGCCGGGGCAGAUCCAGUUACAGGGCGGUCAGACCCUCCACCUGCAGGGCCAGCAGGGUCAGCCUCAGCAGAUUAUUAUCCAGCAGCCCCAGGCAGCCAUCACCGCUGGACAAAACCAGGGGCAGCAGAUCAGUGUGCAAGGCCAACAGGUGGCCCAAACAGCUGAUGGACAGACCAUUGUCUACCAGCCUGUCAACGCAGACGGCACAGUACUACAGCAGGGAAUGAUCACAAUACCAGCAGCCAGCUUGGCAGGUGCCCAAAUUGUACAGGCAGGGGGUGCCAACACAAACACCACCAACAGCAGUCAAGGCACUGUGACCGUCACCCUGCCAGUCUCUGGCAACAUGGUCAAUGCAGGUGGAAUGGUCAUGAUGGUGCCUGGAGGUGGUGGAGUACCCACAAUGCAGCGUAUCCCCCUACCAGGAGCUGAGAUGCUUGAAGAGGAGCCUUUGUAUGUCAAUGCCAAGCAAUACCACCGCAUCUUGAAGAGAAGACAAGCCCGGGCCAAGCUGGAGGCUGAGGGCAAAAUCCCUAAAGAAAGGAGGAAAUACCUACAUGAGUCCCGUCAUCGUCAUGCCAUGCAACGAAAACGAGGAGAUGGAGGACGUUUCUUUUCGCCGAAGGACAAGGAUGACAUGUCUUUGACCCUAUCACAGCAACAGGACGUAGGCCAUGGGCCGGCAGACGAGACAGUGGCUCAGAUGAUCAGAGUCUCAUAGCACCGUCAUUUUCGGUGAAACUUCUUCUGUGAACUUCACCCAGUCUGAGACUCUUUGCUCCAGCUGAACCCAUCUGUCAAACCUUCUCCUUUCAUUUGUGCUGCCUCAUGCCCUGCCCCGUACGCCAGAUCACAGUGCCACCACUGGAAUUAUUUUGACAGCUCUUCAUUCCUGCCCUGGUCUUCCAGACACCUGUCUAUGUGGUGUGCCUGUGGUGUUCUUGUCUGACAUUUCCACAUAAGCACUUCAAACUGGCUUUCUGUUUUUUGUUGUCCAAGCUGUGUGAAGCGGGGAGGGCGGGGCAGUCACACAGAGGAAGUGGCAGCUGUGAAGCCAUACUCAAAAAGACCCUGAGAAAUUGUCACCAGUGGAGAUUUGUUGGUUUAAAUACUUUUGGCAAGUAGGGUUUUUUCCUUUCUUGGUUGAAUUUCAGUGUUAGUUGACAUUGUGGCAUCAAAAUGUAGUUUGAAAUGCUUGUGUCCCAUAUAUAUUUUAUGUGGUGUCCUUAAUUUUGAAAUGACUUUUUUUUUUUUUUAUGCUCAUGAACCAGAGGAACGUUGUUAAAUUGUAUGUCCACUGUACAAAGUCUUCACAAACAUGAAGAUAUUGUACUUAUUUUUUCUUUUUCUUUCCCGGUGAGUGCCUGUUUCUGUGGUUGGACACUUGUGAUAUGUAAUGUUUACAGAAAAAUGUCAGACUAGUUGCAUAAAUGUACACAUUUCUGUCUACAUAAUAAUUAUGGCUUUUUUUUUUCUUUUUCUUUUUUAAGCUGCUUAAAUACUAUCUUGUAAUUGCCCACCCCUUUCCCAUAAUGAAAACAAGGUUGAACAUUGAUUUGGUUACAGUUAAUAAAAUUUUAUGGAGUGA